GCUAAACGGUCGGGUUCAGGUGGUCAGUGGCCCGCUGGGAGUACCACAUAUAGAGUGCUGCUGCUUGGGCAAGAAUUCAUUGAAAAUAUCCACAAAUAAAAUAAGAAAAUACAAAACACAAAGCAAAAAAAAAAUGAAAGAAAAUUUGUUCUAAUCAGCCAAGCCAAGUACGUGCUCACCAAAUCAACGGCCAAGUCAGCAAUCACCACAAAACGACAACCAACAAAUGCGAUACUUAAUAUGUAUGAAUGAGCGUAUAUAUAUGUUCAAUGAAAUCAAAAGUGGCAAAUAUAUACAGAAGUGGAAAAAUGCAGUGAAACCAAAAUGAAACCAAAAUCGAAUUCAAUUCAAUUCCAGCGACAAGUGAAUAAAAUGAAAGUGUGAAAAGAAGAAGAAGUAGAAGCAACGACAGAAGCAGCAAAGUUAUUAUCGAAUUCCGCAUUUGUGACAACAGUGCAAUGCCUUCAACGAAACAACGUUAACACAUCAACAUUCUCGAAAAAAGCAUAAAUAAACAACAACAAUAACACCAAAUUAAGCCGCGCAGCGGUUGCAACCGCAAAUAAUAAUUUAAAUCGACAACAACAACUAACGCAAUAGAAUACAUCAGGUGCGUUAUUCGAUACACGAAGCGCACACAAACACACAAGCACAGAUAGUGCGCCAGUGAGCGAGUUGGACUGGACUGGUUGCCCAGAGGCAUAGCCCGUAAAGGUUGCAUUUUCUUCGGGCGUACGUGCAACGCAUAUCGUCCCAGAAAGUGUGCGGCUUAUGACAGAAUCUCUCAUUUCUCCGCCAUUCGCUUUCAUUCCAUACACCUACGAAGCAACAGCUACCAGCGGACACCACAAAAUCUAAGCUGCAUACAUACAACUACGGACAUUGGAUUGCAGGUGCGCCAACGCCAGUGUUGUUGGCAGAUAGUAGAGUGCAUUUUCAGCGUUGACAGUUGAACUCAACGAAAUUGACGCGUUGACAGGCAACGGCUAGUGCUGAAGAGGCGGGUGGGCCAACAAAGACUAGGCGGCUAGUGGGAAUCUACGCGGCGUAGCGACGCAGCGCGUGCACAACUGAAAGGACUACACAAAUUAUAAUGUCUUGUACUGUUUCAGAGCUGCCUUCGGGAUGUCACCUGCGUGGCAUGGGCUCCACCUCAUCCUCUGCGGUAGCGACGGUGGCGACCAAAGCACAAAGUGCUGGCGGUGCCGGUGGCGGCGUAGGCGGUAGCACCUCAAGUACAGGUGGCGGCAGCAAUAGUGGCGGUCUCAAUAAGGGCGGCGGUAUACAUGUGGGCGGCAUGCUGAGCACGACGAGCGCGCUGGGUGUGACAACAACGAGUUCACGUGGUGGUUCGGCGGGGAAUGCGGGGGCGAGUUUACUGCCCGAGACGUUGAUGACGACGACGGCGAUGACGACCAGCACAACACAACGACAGCAGCAGCAACAAUCACAGAAACCCUGCUGUUUUUGCUGGUGUUGCUGUUGCUCGUGCUCGUGGGCAAAGUGUUUGGCAAUAAAAAAUGCGGAAGACAAUGCACCAACAAGACGUGAUCCAGCGAGCGUGGAUUUGCUUUUGGACGGUGAACAACCCAGUCUCGAGGAAAUACGAAGUUGGGGUAAAAAUUUCGAUUUGCUAAUGAAAAAUGCGACUGGACGCAAAGUGUUUCGUGACUUCCUACGCAGCGAAUUCAGCGAAGAGAACAUACUGUUUUGGCUCGCCUGCGAAGAGCUGAAAAAGGAGAGCAGUCCCGAAGCGAUCGAGGAGAAGGCGCGUCUCAUCUACGAGGACUACAUUUCGAUAUUGUCGCCACGCGAAGUAUCGCUGGACUCGCGUGUACGAGAGAUCGUUAAUCGCAAUAUGGUGGAGCCGACACCGCACACCUUCGACGAAGCCCAAAUACAAAUCUACACGCUCAUGCACCGAGACUCAUAUCCAAGAUUCCUCAACUCGCAGAAAUUCAAAGCGCUGGCACAACUGCAAGACGGUAGUUUAUCGGCAGCGGCUUCCACAACAGACAGUCCCACUUAAGAGCGCGCAACAGAACGCUCUAGCAGAGUGUCAAUGUUUGCUGAGCAGACAGAAGCAAUUGGUUAAAUUCGCUGGGCGGGAAAAGUGUUGAAAGAAGGCGGGCGCUAAUAAAAGUAAGAAACUAAGAAGCACAUCCAAAAAAAUAAUGAUUAAGUGGGAGAAUAAGUUGCAUGCAACGCUGAAACUCAAGUAGGGGAGUGUGAAGCUGGAGGGAAAUUGCAAACAAAUAAACAAACAAUAAAACGUCUUCGCACAGGGCUUGAGAAAUGCAACAACUAAGUAUAUAAGUAGCAACUAAGCUCUAGCCCUAGACACACGUAAGGACUAAGCGUUUAAGCAGUAAGCAUUAACCACUAAUGUCUAAGGGUACGACUUAAGCAUCUACUACAACUAAAUAUAAGAUUGAAGGUUUGCUACAAUAUUUAGUUUCCUACUAGUGUCUAAGCGUCGAGCGGAAUACUUAAUACUUACUUACGUACUUACGUACUUACGUACUACUGACUUAUUUACUUAUGUACUUACAUACUUACUGAGUUAUUUUUACAUGUAUGCAGCGAAUUCGCGCAGAUCGGCGUCAAGUGUAUGUAUGUAUGGCUGUGUGCAUAAAGGCAAAGCAGAGUACCGUUAUUUCAGCACUGUUGCUUGCUUCUAGCAUACGCAUGCGAAAAAUAUCUCGAAAGCUAAAAGAUACUAAUACAUACACAUAUGAGUGUGCUUUAACAAUUUUAUACCACAUUUCCUCGGUUUCUAAAAAAUAGUAUUUUCGAAAAAAAACAAAAUUAAAAAAAAAUUAAAAAAUGAAGCAAUAUAUAAUUCCUUAAAAACAUAAAUAUAUUAAAUGACAAACCAUUUAUUAUAAAAGGAAGUAAAAGUAAAUGGCACUGGCACAAAUAUUAAUGGAAAUCAAGGGCACAAAGCGAUUUGCGGGACUUCGAGCAGAAGUGUGUGGGUGGGUAAUGAAAAAAAAAGAAACACAACAAAUAAAACAUUCUAACGAAUUGUAUGCGCACAAAUUACAUAUGUAAUGCCAAAUGGCUAGAACUCAUGCCUGGAAACCGUUAGCAAACAAAAGCAAACAUUAAAAACCGAAAAAAAACAAAACCAAAAUUAUAUAAAUGUGCAGUAAGUAAGGAAAACGCAACAAAAUAUAAAAGUGCAAAUCACGAGAUUAUAUGUAUAGUGUGUAUGUAAAUGAAAUCUAGUCAGCGCGACUGUUUGUAACGAAUUGGUUGCCAUAAGCGCGCCAAGCAAUUGUUGUAGCAUGCUUGUAGGCGCCUGGGAGGCAUUAAAGGUACAACAAUGUUGAUUGUUACGCAUGCAUCUACGCUCAAGGUGCGGGUGGCACAUUUUUUUUAACUGUAUACAUUUUCAUUAAAGUAUAGCGGUUAGUUGUCAUAUAUUUAUUAACGUAUAUGUAUAUGUUUUUCGAAAAGUAUUUUUUUUACAUGGCAUAAUUCUUUUUUUAUUAAACUGAAGUUGUUAGACAUAUUUAUGUGAUAAACGUAUAUUUCUGCUCGAAAGUUAGAUUUUUUAAGUCUUGACAAACUGGAAGCAUAUAUUUUGUUUAUUUAUUUUGGUAGUUAUAACUAUAAGUCUUGUGUGUAAUAGCUGGAAAAAUAAUUUUCUUUUUCCGUGUAGAUAGAAAAUCGAACUUAAAUAAUUUUAUAACAAGCUGAUAAUGAGUGCAUGUAUUCAAAAGAUGUUUAAGGGCCUAUACCAGUGUAGCCCAUGAAAAAUUAGGCGAUAUUCGUGAUCGAGAAAGUACUCGAUCGAAUGUUUCGAAGUUCUUUGAACAUAAUAAGGUAUAUUUUCAGCUAUAUUUUAAGAUUUUUUUCUUACAAAAAUAUUGAAAAAUAACGGUGUGUGUGCUGUCAUCGGAGGUGCAAAAAAAAAAGUUCUUCAACUGUAGACAUGAUUCCGGCCGAAUUAGUAGCUGAAUCAGAAAAGUUCAAAAAGGUUAUUAAAGUUGAAGAUCUUUCCUAUACAAUAACUUACGAUUUCUGAAAAAUAUCAAAAAUUAA